AUGCACGGACGUGUUAUGACGGUGCCGUUGGACCUCCCCAUCCUCUCCCUCCUCCUCCUCAAUCAAGGCUAUUCGAAUGUGGCGUGGAAGAUUCCGGAGAUUUUGGAAACCUAUGCGAAUGCUCCGGCGGAAUUGCUGUUUGUGUCAGUUGCUGGGUCGACCCGAUUCGGAGUAUACGGGUUGGAUUUCGGGUGGGGUAAACCGGUUAAGGUUUCGAUUGAUCAGAUAUCGAUGACUGAGCAGAGACGGAAAUGGUGGCGUGGAGGUUGGCUUGUCGCUCAAGAAACACGAAAUGAAUGUUUUGAUUGGUUUGCUUCGUGA